AUGUUGCAUACCAUUUUUCGCGCGUUUCAAAUUAGUCCAACACAAGUGCAACAACUAAGGUUAGGUCAUACAAUUAGAGGAAAGGCACCGACUAAGAGCAGGACAAUAAGAGAACGAAUUGACGAGUUAAAUUAUAAAGAUGAAAUAUACACUACAAGAAUUGAUAUUGGAUUUGCUGCUGAAAGAAAAUCUAAUAGUCGUCAAGAGCAAAUAGAUCAUAUAAAAAAAAUGAAGAAUGACAAACAGCUUGAACAGUUGGCCAGAAACCAUCAGUUAGUCAUAGACUUAGAGGAGUCAAAGAAAGUGUGGCUGGAAACACUAGGGCCACACCACAAAAAGCAAAUAGCUGAUCAUUAUGGUGUUUUUGAACACUUGUAUGGGGAAGGCUUCUUUACACCACAUUUAAAUUUAGAAAUUUUCUAUGAUGUAAAAGAUUUAUGCAUACCAGUGUAUACGGGGAAUGUCAUUAAACCCAGUGAAGCUAUACAACCUCCAGUAGUUUCAUAUAAAAGCGAUGCAGAUUCAUUAUGGACUCUUGUCUUGACAAGCUUAGAUGGUCAUUUAACAGAACACAAUAAGGAGUAUGUACAUUGGCUUGUAGCAAAUAUUCCUGGAGGGGAUGUAGAUAAGGGUGAUGUAAUGAUUGAUUAUCUUCAGCCCUUUCCAUUGAAAGGCACUGGAUACCACAGAUAUGCUUUUGUAUUGUAUAAACAGGACAACAAAAUCUCAUAUGAAUUACCUAAAGUCUUAACAUCAUCCCUUGAAGGCAGAACCUUUGUUACAAGAGAUUGGUAUAAAACCCACCAAGAAGUCAUUACCCCAGCUGGGCUAGCUUUCUUCCAAACCAGUUGGGAUUUAAGUGUCAGGGACUUCUUUCACAACAUUCUUCAAGAAAAAGAACCAAUUUAUGAAUAUGACUUCCCGGAGCCUUAUAUUCGAAAACAGGAGUGGUUUCCACUAAGAAGGCCGUUUAAUUUAUACAUGGAUAAAUAUAGAGACCCAAAAGAAGUUAAAAAGGAGUACUUGCUUUGGAAACUGAAAAAUGAGGAUCCAUUCAAGAGCCCAGAACCGCCACUAAAAUUCCCUAACGCUCAGCCACUACCUAAAUCUAUGCCGUCAUGGUUGAAGCUUCAUGAAAAGAAAUUACGACUCCAGUGGGGUAGAGUUAAUGAUGUGUAA